GUCGUAUGCUUUAUGCAUUUUACUUCCUAUAAAAGCAGAACAAAUAUGAGACAUUAAAGAAAUUAUAGCAACACACCUGUUCAUCUUGCAGCUUCAGCAUCCUUCAGCAUCAGGAUGAAUCCCCAAGUUAGCCAAUGGUGUGUCUCAGCCAAGCCUUUUUUUGCUGUGGUGUUCUUGCAGUUUGGGCUUGCAGGAAUGGACAUCCUGUCUAAAGCAGCUCUGAACCAAGGAAUGAGCAACUAUGUUCUUGUUGUUUACCGCCAUGCAGUUGCCACAAUUGUUAUAGCUCCUUUUGCAUUGAUUUUUGACAAGAAGGUCAGACCAAAGAUGACAAUUCCAAUCUUUGCCAAGUUAAUGAUCCUCAGCUUGCUAGAGCCUGUGAUUGAUCAGAACUUAUAUUUCUUGGGAAUGAAGUACACAACAGCAACUUUUGCAGCUGCCAUGUGCAAUAUUCUCCCUGCCAUCACCUUUGUAAUGGCUUGGAUCCUCAGGCUAGAGAAGGUUAAAAUCAAAAGCAUCAGAAGCCAAGCUAAAUUGGUGGGAACAAUAGCAACAGUAGGAGGAGCCAUGAUAAUGACACUGAUAAAAGGCCCAAUUCUGGAGCUAUUCUGGGUGAAACAGAGAGCAGAUCAUGCACAACAAAGGAGCGAUAUCAGCCUUCAACACACAAUCAAAGGUUCAAUUAUGAUCACAAUUGGGUGCUUCAGCUGGGCCUGCUUCAUGAUUCUUCAGGCAAUCACUUUGAAAGCUUACCCAGCUGAGCUUUCUCUCACGGCUUGGAUCUGCCUGCUGGGCACAGCGGAGGGCACUGUGUUGGCUUUGGUGAUGGAAAGAGGAAACGCCGCCGUUUGGUCUAUUGGUUGGGGAACCCAAUUGCUCGCUGCCGUUUAUAGUGGGAUAUUUUGUUCAGGGCUUGCUUAUUACAUUCAAGGAUUAGUGAUGAAAGACAAAGGUCCUGUGUUUGUCACUGCCUUUAGCCCAUUGAGUAUGGUCAUCGUCGCUAUCAUGAGCUCCUUCAUUUUGGGCGAACGUCUUUACUUUGGCAGGAUACUUGGAGCUGGGGUGAUAAUUGUGGGACUAUAUCUUGUUGUUUGGGGGAAAAAUAAAGAUGGGAAUUCCUCAAAUGAAGACUUGAAAUUGCCCAUCAAACAAACAACAGAGAUGCAAGAAAGUUCAUCAUCAGUUCAAGAACUUAAUUCUGUUGAUUCAAACAAUGAGCAAAAAUCAUGAAAUUGGAACCCAAAACCUUAUGAAUCAUCUUUGAUUUCCUGAAUUUUUCUGAAUAAUUUUCAGAAAAUUAGGGUUUUUAUUAGGAUUCUUCGGGUCGGGUGCAAUGUUAUGGAAAGAUAACGAUGAAUGAAAAACAAACUUUGGUAUUUAAUA